ACAUCACAGUCCCUAGAGACUCCUAGUGACAGUGGGGCGGACCUCUGUGGGCUUGGGUGCCACAGCCCAGUCCGAUGCGGGCAGCCUGGCUCCUGGGGACCCUGGUGGUCCCCCAGCUCCUUGGCUAUGGCUAUGGGGCCCAGGGAGCUGAAGGGGAGUGGGCGGACGGCUGGGGAGAUGCCCAGGAGGAGGAGCGGGAGAGGGAGGCCCUGAUGCUAAAGCAUUUACAGGAGGCCCUGGGCCUGACCACUGGGAGGGGUGAUGAAAGUCUUGCUGGGACCUCUGAGAACAAAGAAAUCUGGGGGGUUGAGGAGGAGGAGGGGUUGGAAGACGAAGAGGAGGAAGAAGCCACGCCAACCCCUUCCUCCAGCCCCAGCCCCUCUCCCACCCCUGAGGAUAACAUCUCCUACAUUCUGGGCCGCCUGGCGGGCCUGGACGCGGGCCUGCACCAGCUGCACGUCCGUCUGCACACGUUGGACACCCGCGUGGCCGAGCUGACCCGGGGGCUGCGUCAGCUGCGGGAGGCGGCGGGCGACACCCGCGACGCCGUGCAAACCCUGCAAGAGGCGCAGAGCCGCUCCGAGCGCCUGCACGGCCGUUUGGAGGGCUGCCUGAAGGGACUGCGCCUGGGCCACAAGUGCUUCCUGCUCUCGCGAGACUUCGAGGCGCAGGCGGCGGCGCAGGCGCGUUGUGUGGCGCGGGGCGGGAACCUGGCGCAGCCGGCCGACCGGCAGCAGAUGGACGCGCUGAGCCGCUACUUGCGCGCGGCGCUCGCGCCCUACAACUGGCCGGUGUGGCUGGGUGUGCACGACCGACGCGCCGAGGGCCUCUACCUCUUCGAGAACGGCCAGCGUGUGUCUUUCUUCGCCUGGCACCGUGCGUCCCGGACCGAGCCCGGCACUACACCGCACCCGCUCAGCCCGGACCAGCCCAACGGCGGCGUGCUGGAGAACUGUGUAGCGCAGGCUUCGGACGACGGCUCCUGGUGGGACCACGACUGCGAGCGGCGCCUCUACUAUGUCUGCGAGUUCCCUUUCUAGCCGCCGAUCCUCCUUCUCCGGCUGGAGCUCCCGCAGGCCGGGACCCCUUCCUUGCCCUUGUGUGCCCUUGAAGCCCAUAGUACCUGGCUGGGGCUGACGACAAUAAAGGCUUAUGGAAUCUGA